AUGACGGUGAUGCUCCUGCAGCACUCUGCCCUCCGACACUACAAGCUGCCCUCUCCUCCGCCGCCACGAAUGACGAAGCCCGCCCCGGACGCCUCCAUAUACUGUAGCGACUACCAGACGAGGAACAAUAACAACAACAACAACAACAACAACAACGGUAACAAGCAGAAACGAACGCACCACAAGCUGUCGCUGCACCCGCAACAGCAGCAGGGCUGCAAGACGACUGCGAUGCGCUACUACCGUCUAUGGAUCUACACGUGCAAUGCCGUGCUGUUGGUGAGCGUGCUAGGAUUCGCCAUCGUGGCGGGCAGAAUCGUGGUGGCCGACCCCCGGCGGUACCUCGUGCCGGGCCUGUCCCUGUACCAGCCCAGCUUCCUCUACGCCUACCUGGCCCUGGCGACGCAGAGCGGCCUCCUGCAGCUGGUCGGCUGUUUGGGCGCGCUACGCCUCAACGAGCGGCUGCUCAACGUGUACUGGCUGCUCCUCCUGGUGCUCCUCUUCGGCGACGCUAUCGUCGGCGUCGUGUGGGUAUUUCGCUUCGACAAGAUCUGCGCCGACUUGCGCCCCACGCUGAAGCAGCGGCUGGCGGCGGAGUACGGCGUCGACCGCGACUUCACGGCGCUGUGGGACGCGCUCCAGAGGGACUACCGCUGCUGUGGCGUCGACGGCGCCCAGGACUACGCGGCGGUGGCCAACCGCAGCGCAGGGGCCACCGUCUCGGCGUCGGCGGGGUCUACGGCGCCGACGGCAGCUGCUACCGCCAACCCGCACUACCACACCACCGGUUGCGAGGCCCGCCUACUCCUCUGGCUGCGCCAGAGCGCGGACAUCCUGUUCGUCCUCGGGUACUGUGUCAUCGCCUUCCUCAAGCUGUGCUUCCUCGGCAUCCUGCGGUACGAGAUCCGCGAGAUGAUCCAGAAGAUCAAGAUCCUGCAGGGCGAGAUGCGGCCGCCACCUCUGCUGCUGACGGAGCUGGGCGGCGGCGCCUCCGCCGCCAACAACGGCGACCUGAUGGGUGGCGCCGGGGGCGUGGGCGGCGGCGGCGGCGGCGGCGGCGGAGGCGCGGGAGGCGGCGUCCGGCAGCCUCCGGACAGUCUGCAGGCGACGCCGCUGCACGCCGCCGCUCUCUCCCACCGGCACCUCAGCAUGCUCAAUAACGACGGCACCGACUCCGACACCAACAGCAACUGCGCCCUCAUCAUCUCGGAGGACGUCGGCGCGGGCAAACCCGUCAGCAGCGGUCCUCGGCGCGGCUGCGGCUCCAACGGCAACAACAACUACGAGAUCCACGAGCUGCAGGAGCUCAACAGGCUGCUCUCCAGGCACCAGACACAGAUCUGACUAAGGUCGUUGCUGCUGUGGUGCUUCCCUCUCCGGGGAAGGCACUUCUAAGUUCGGCGUCGAAGCUCCUACACCGCAGCCCCUCCCCUCGCUUGACAGCUUUGCUUCUAUGCUUGGAGAUCAAACACGUGCGGUUAAUUUGUCCCGUGUGUUUGCCACUAUAGGACACGUUAGCACGUGACACUUUUUAACAAAAAAGUGUAAUAUCGCAAAGAAACAGACUAUGGGUAGUGCAGUGUACGUAUAAAAACACACAUAGACAGUCACUUAGCUGUCCGACAAUUGUGAACAAAACCGUCUCCUAGAUGAAAUAGAGCCAGUGUGGACAAUUUCUGAAUCGUGUGAUCGAAUAUGUGCUAAUCAAAAACACCAAUCAAUCUAAAUUAAUCGAUGGUCUCUGCAUCUCAAACAAAAAUUUAUGAGCUAUGUUUACUUUAGAAAUGUCUGUACCUAACUUGUUCAUCGUCACCGUUAUUUUCAUUGAAUAAUCUAACUCACAGGUACGGCAAAUACAUCCUUAGUAUAUCUCGAGCAUAUCUUUAAAAAAAUGUCUGUAGCAGCAAAUUAUCAGUUAGUCUCAAGCGGAACGAAACGACCAAACGUCUGACAUCUGUCCCAUAUCAUAAUAUUGACAUCAAUAUUGUGCACGAGUGCGUCUUCAACGAUUCAGCAUCAACCAUCAUAUUUAUUACAACUCUGUGCCUCCCCGGGACGCGAAUCCGGUUAUUUUCCGCGGUCAGUGCUUUCCAGUGUGUGGCAGCAUGAGCAUCUAACGACCAAUAUAGAAAUCUAUGCGAUCCUUUCUCCCUGAGUCAACCCUGAAGAAAGGAUUUCAGGAAGAACGAAUGCUGAACGGCCUACGUAUUGAUAAGUGCCCUGUACCUCUCCUAAGAGACAUCAUCUGCCUUUCCUCUCGCAUUUAUCACAAUUACAGUUUACCCUGAUGUUUUAUUCUGUAAUGUGUAAGUUAUUCAGCUCAAAAAGACCGCUCAUUGAGUAUUUCAAGGUAUGCCGACCGUCAACGGUAAAUGUUUUAGUUUAAACUCUACAUUAAAUGUUAUUUACUCUGUAAUUUUCUGUACAUAGUCGACUCAGCUGUGUGGAAUUAGUUUGGUGGGAUAUUUCAUGCAUGGGCAUUUACAGAGGUUAAGAGAAAACAGAAGGAUAUCAGAUCUUGGACGAAUGGCAGAGCCACGCAGUUCUGUGACUGCACUGUCUAGACGAAGUUGCGUAGCACGCGCUUUCCACGGUCACUGCCUGCGCUAUCGUUUGAGCUAAUGAAAGUACUCUUUUAGCAACGAUUUCAUUGUAAUCAGAAACGAGCGCCGCUUACGCCUGGUACAGGCCGUCGCACAAAACAACCCUUAAGCAGGAUUGGAGUGACUCCACGUUACAAAAACGACAUUGAAAAUAUCUUCAGCAGAGAAAAGGCAUGCGACUACUGAGUCUCAGGAGAGACUCCCGGUAGGUUUUCAGGUCUCUUGGCUGUAAUAAUAAUAAUAAAAUUUUAGACCAGCUGGUCUCUGCCCCGAUUAUCACGUGAGAUACGCGCCGCUGGACUUGCUUUGUGACUAACUACUGAGGGGUUGAAUUAACUUCACAGACAUGAAACGAGUUAAGGCAGAUGAAAUCAAUAAAGAUGCAGUGAAAUGAAAUGAUACCCCUGAAGUAACUUUCAGAAAUACAGAACCCCACUGCACUGAAUAUGUCAUUGGUGAAUAAAACAAAAUAUUUUACGCAGUGGUAUCAUCGCACAUUCAGAAUUAGUUUAUAAAGCAGGCCGUUGUUUCCCGCUAGUGGUGUAACGUAACAGGAGACACACAGAAGCAUUAAAAUGCAGGAGAAAUCUGGAUGUAAAUUCAGACGCUGACUCGAUAUCUGAAACGAGCCCAGAUAAUGCAGAUGACAUAGUGAAGAUCAUGAAAGGUAGAGAUCCGGCUUCGAAUUCUUUCCCCGUUAACAACUUCCAUCUAUGACUAAGGUUUAUUUCAGCUAUUUCUAUGCUGAUGAGUUAACAAUCCUAUUCAUUUAGUUUGUUUAACAGCUGUAUAGCCUCAGAAUAAGCGUUAGAUACUAGAUUUUUAGACUACAAGUACCUGUAAUGACUGGUUACGUCCAGUAUUUGUACGUUUUACAGUAUGGCGCUCUAUAGUCAGUGACAGCACAGACAGUAGUACUGCGCUGAACCACCAGGCUGCAGCACUAGCGCGGCAGCAUGCGGUAAUUGCGGUGGCACCAGUCACCAUUAGCUGCAGCAUCCGUAGCUAAUUUCCAAUAUCCUGGACAUUAGCAUUCCCCUGAUCUGUAGGGUCACAGGGCAGUCGCUUCUGAUCCCUCUGGUGAGCUCCACCUGGUGUACUGUAGCAAGUUAAGAACCGAAGGAAAACAGUCUAAAGCAUCUGUUACUUGGUUGUUCUUUCUGAGUCCGGGGCGAUACAUCGCCUACGAUCAUCCGUCGCCGUUUCGUAGCUAUUCUCGUAAAUCCAUCACUAUAGCAGCAUCUGUAAUUACAUGCAAUGAUUUGUGAUGACGGCAAAACAACACAUUUGUCUAUCCACAUAAUUUUCUUGUGCCAGUCAAAAUCUGUUAAAUAAGCAAAGUAAGAGGCAUCCGCUAUCUCCUGUAUUCACCGACUGUUCAUUUGCGUGUCACAUACUGUUCCUUAUCUCUCAAAAGUUGAAAAAUAUUUAAAAAUAGAGCCAAGUGUAUUCAGGCUUUCGUGGGGGUUUGAGCUGAUGGUAUUUAAUCGGAUUAUCGACCUCACCUUGAAGAAAUAUUUCGACAAGCGGCUUACUCACUUCAAUUGAAAAUUAUAAGUAGAAAAGGGAACCCGAUAAAAUUUCAUCAACAGCGCAUGGAUAUAGAAUAAAUAAAACGUAGAAUUAUAUUUUGGAUCUCGCAGUAUAAUGUAUGUCGAUUCUCGCUUCUAAAACUUAAUCACGGCUUCUGUCUAUAUUUGGAGGGUCGGAGGGAAAUUUUCGUUUCUGAUUGAAAAAAAAAAACAAGGUGUAAAUCACUGUGCAAUAUGAUAUGGUGAUUUGUUAUGAUUCACUGAUAAGUAUGUCAUCUCCAUUCCUUGCGCUCAUAGUUGUCAGUCACCUUAUACUUAUUACUGUCAUUUCUUGUCCAUAUACGUUCAUUUAAAAUCCAUCGCGCAACUUGUGGCAUCAAAAACGUUGAAUGAAUUUUUACAGGGACACAUACGAAGCUACGAUUAAACAACUGUAGGAAAUUAUUCAUGUCGUCCUUUGAAUUCUGGGAAGGCAUUCGCUCCGUUGAACAUCAAUGACAAAUUAAUAAGGACACGCGAUAGCGGAUACCAGACGUGUUCGCGCGAUUUUCGAUACCAUGUUCACAAAGUUACUCAGCUGGAAAAGAGCCGGAGAAAACAAGAUGACUGUGUUACAUCCAUGAUGGCACUACGAAGUUAUCAUCCAAGUUCAAGUUCUAAUUUGCUUACGGCCGUGAAAUAAAGACUGUAGAAAUUAGGACCGUAGACGCCGCCUAUCUGUUUUCACUGGUCCUGUAAUAUCAAUUAAUAGUAUCAAACACUGAACGCUUUCCUGCUGACUUUAUUUUUUCGGUUAUGUUACGAAACAAACGCUAUUGGGAUAGAUUUGGGUCCAAAAGCAUUCCUCCCUCAAAUUUUCACACAAAUCCUUCACACCGAUGUUUACGUCUUUUAUUAGGAAGAGGCAUCAAUCAAUGACUUUGAAGUACGAGGAAAACGUCAACAAUAUAAGAAAUACAUAAUGAAUUAAGCUAAAUACGCCAGUCAAAGCGCAACAUGUUGCUACUGCUCCUGUUUACGAGUUUAAGGACACUAAACACCUCAGGUUCAUCACCCUUCCAUUUACGUCCGAGGACGGAAUCGGUGCACCAUACGUCUGCGCCUGGAGUCUGAGAGAGUUUUCUGAAUGUUUGCGUAGCGCGUGUCUGAGGCGGAAUGUGAGAACCAGCCCGGUAUUCACCUUCUGGGAUGUGUGAAACCACCUAAAAUCCACAUCCACAGUGUUCGUCACAUCGUCUCUCGUGGUUAAUCCGUCGGAAGGAUUCGAACCGGAGCCAGAGUGCCUCUCUUUCCAAGAAGCGGGAUCUUAAUCGCGCAUGUUUAUCGAGGCGUGUCAAGUGCAACAGGCAUCCGUACAAAUGUCGCCACUAAUGAUGGCUCACAGACCUAAAAAAUACGUACCCGCGAAGAGUUGAUCAAAAGUAUAAGGAUUCCAUGUAAGGGAUUUCAGUUCAAAUGGUGCGACAGCUUCUUACAUUUUCCAUCUUUAGGUGUACAGUAUAUGAAUCACAGUGCAGGGAUUUUAUACCUUCUUUAACUACGUCACUUCUUUUUCAGUGACUUCAACUUAAACAAAACUCUAAAGAUGGUAAUGUAGAUGCAGCACCCAAAAUUUGUUUCUUAGUUCCUACCCUUUCAACAAUUUUACCAACGUUUAUAAGUCGAUGUACGUAUGAUUACAAAACGGUCAUUAGUGCAUAUUUUCAAUCAUCAAUGCGCAAUUAAAACAUGACGAAAUUGCUUGUAAAUAACAUCUGCUUUGCACGUGAUAGCAAUUACAUUUUACACUGUGUGCUUUGUAUUUCCCAGAAUGAAUGUUUGCUGCUUCUAACGGUGACGUGAGUUUUACUUUCGAAGUUCCGCUGGACUGAUUUGGUAACAGAUAGCUACAAACAUAUGAUUAUGUAUUUUCUAUGUGAUGAUUUGGUAUUUUAGACAAAUAAAUGUAAAAAUUCAUACA